AUGUCAAAGCUCAUACUGAAGGAGAAGCUCGUGCCGCAGUUUGUGAUUAAGACCGAUGAGAAGCGGAAAAUUCCGAUGGAAGUGUACCUGUUGACGCGCGUGAAGCAUCCGAACAUUGUCAACAUAAUUGACAACAAAUUCUUCCAGGUUGUGAUCGAAAUCCACGACUCCGGGAUGGAUCUGUUCAAGUUUAUCGAUCGAAGACCAGUGAUGACGGAGAAGCUGAGUUGUUGGAUCUUUCGACAGAUUUCAAAUGCGGUUGCUUUUCUAAACAUUUUGCACCGGGACAUCAAAGACGAGAACGUUAUCAUCGAUCACAAUUUCCAUAUCAAGCUGAUUGACUUCGGAUCGCCAUCGUUCGUACAGGAAGGGCAUUUUUUCUACCUUCUAUGGCACGACCGAAAGUGCUACGUAGAUGCGAAUAUCUGCUGCAGCCAGACGGGACUGUCCACGUCACCCUUCGAUGGUGAAGAUGACGAUGAGCAUGUUCACAUGGAUGAUUCGUUCACGCAUCCUGCCGAGAUGCUGGACGGUGAUAUUUGUCAUCUGUCGCAAGAUGAUGAGAUUGGUCUAGAUGACGAUAUAGAUAAAACGAUCUGA